AUGCUUAGCAUCGAGGAGGUGCGAAAGCAUAAUAAUCAAGGGUCCUGUUGGGUAAUUAUCCAUGGAUCUGUAUAUGAUCUUUCAGAAUUCCUCGACAAGCAUCCAGGGGGUGCGGCGUCGAUUCUGCGGUAUGCAGGCAAGGAUGCAACAGAGGAGUACGAUGCGAUACACCCACCCAAUACUAUCGAAAAAACACUGCCACGAGCCAGACAUCUUGGUAAAGUUGAACAAUCAAUAAAAGCGACAAGUGAGCCAAAAGCAGCAACCACUGGUGUGAUCGGUACACUACGAGGCCCCAUACCCAUUGAGAUGUGCCUGAACCUGAAUGAUCUGGAGUUGGCAGCAAAAGACGUUCUCUCCGAACGCGCAUGGGUUUAUUAUUCCUCGGCGGCGCAAGACAGGAUGACAUUUUGUCACAACCUGGAUGAUUGGAGGCGACUACGUUUCCGUCCGCGGAUCAUGAGGAACGUGCAAAAGGUCAACACUCGUCGGACAAUACUGGGCUUCCAAAGCAGUCUGCCAUUCUUCAUUGCCCCAUGCGCAUUGGCAAAACUAGGUCAUCCAGACGGAGAACUCUGUCUGGCAAGGGGAGCAGCUCGGGCCAAUAUUCCCUACUGUCCGAGCAACUCUUCGUCAGUUUCCCACGAAGCCCUCACAGAAUGCCUGGCUUCGGAGGCGAGUGGGGGAUCUCUCUUCUUCCAACUAUAUGUGAAGAGAUCGCAGGAAGAGACGCUCGAGAAUAUCCGACGUGCUCGAGCCUUAGGUUACAAGGCACUUGUCAUUACUGUGGACACGAACGUGGUUGGCAUCAGAGAGGAUGAUGAUAGGUUCAAAAUUCGCGAAGCACUGAAAAAUGGACAGCACCAUGUAAGCCCAUGGAGAGCCGCGCUGUCCAAUCCAGACCCCGAAGCAGUGCUUCGGGGACCUCACUCGUCAACACUAAACUGGGAAGACUUGCACUGGAUCGAAGACGCAUGGCAAAACGCUGGACCCAUAUGCUUGAAAGGGAUCUUGACGGCCGAGGAUGCCAGAAUUGCUUGUGACUUCGGAAUGGACGCCAUUUACUUGAGCAACCACGGUGGGCGCCAGCUGGAUUCCGCGACAUCAGCUCUUGGGGCUCUGAUGGAAAUCCGUCGACUCUGCCCUGAAGUCUUUAGCAGAUGCCAGAUCCUUCUCGAUGGCGGUAUUCGUCGAGGAGGAGACAUUCUCAAAGCUCUUUGCCUCGGGGCCGCUGGCGUCGGGCUGGGUCGACCUUUCAUGUACGCUCUCAGUGCCUAUGGUACCGAAGGGGUGCACAGAGCAAUCGAAAUGCUCAAUGAUGAGAUCGAGACUGCGAUGCGGCUACUGGGUGCUACAAGUCUGGACGAUCUAAGCCCACGUAUGGUCAACACUCGCGAGUUUGAAAUGCUAAUGGCUCGAGAAAUUCCCGAGCUUGAGAGCAUCAAAUCCAGGCUCUGA